UUGGUUAGUCUUUUACAAAGUAUGUAUAUGAAAUCACGUGUGCUGAGGAAAAACCAAUAGCAGAAUGAUUUGCACUUAUAAUAUUCAUUUAUUGUCAUGACAUAUACGAUUAAUGAUGUUUUUAUCACAUGGGAGCAAAGUUAAUAUCGAUUAUAAAGCACGACUGGAACACAAAUUAUAUCUGGCCAGAGAAAAUCCAGAACCAAUAUUUGAUGUCUCUGAAUGUGCUUUAAAACAUGUACCCUCUGGUAUUUAUUCAUUAUGUAAAGUAUUUAGAAAAAAGAUAUUAUGGAUGUAUAAUAACAAGUUAACUUCACUUUCUGGUGGAGGUGCCUUAAGCGAUUUGUCAUUACUUGUUAUAUUAGAUAUUCAUGGAAAUGAAUUUACUCAUUUACCAUCUGAUAUAAUGUGUCUUGCUUCUCUCAAGGAACUUUAUUUACAAGACAACAAUAUACGAAAACUGCCAAAUGAAAUAAUACAUUUAAAUAAAUUAAAUAUUUUAAAUGUUGCAAAAAACAAUUUAAAACAGUUACCAGAGGCAAUGGGAAAUUUAAAACAACUUUCUAUAUUGGAUAUUAGUCAAAAUAAAUCCCUUCGUAAGCUUCCUAAAUCUUUGGGUUAUGUACAACAAUUAGCACAAUUAAAUAUUGAUGGGUUAAAUCUAUUAUAUCCUCCUCAAGAUAUUUUAAAUGGUGGCACAAUAGUAAUUAUAGCAUUUCUAGCAAAUGAAAGUGGUAUUGAAUAUUCACCGGAAGAUUCUAUUUCUGAUACUGAUUUAUCAAAAAAUAUGAGUUCUGAGAAUAUACAAGGAAUAUAUCAAAAUAAAAAUAAUGAUAUACAGGCAGCAUUACAGAAGCUAGAAAAAAUGAAGGAACAUCGUCAAAAUGCAUUAUUAGAGGUUGAAAAAAAUAUCAAACAACAACAAGAAUAUGAAAUCGAAAUUCAAUCAAUGUUAAAAGAACAUAAAAAAAAGUUGUUGGAAGAUCUUGUUUUGCAACAAACUCAAUUACAACAUGAAUUAGAAAAAGUACAACAAGAAAAAGAUUCUAACAGAGCACGUCUACUUUCCUACAUUUACAAUGCCGAAAAAGAAGCGGAUAACGUUAUCAAAGAAUUUUUAAGAAAUAGCGAGGAAGAAAGACAAACACAAGCUGAAUUAUUAGAACAAGAAAAACAAGAAGAAAUACAAUUGUUAUCCUCUUGUCACACAGAACAAUUCAUGUUCCGUACAAAAGAUACUCUUUUGUCAAUGGAAAAAUUACUUGAAGAAGAACUUCAUAGAACCAAAAAAUUGGAAGAACAUAGUAAAUAUAGAGAUUAUACAGCACAAUCUUUGCUCACAUUAGAAGUAAGAAAUAAUGAUCAUUUAGCACAAAUAAUGCAAGAUCAAGAAAAAAAUAGGAAAAAUUUAAUUGAUACAUUAAGACAAGAUGAAGUCUUACAAAAAGCUGCUGUUGCAGCAUUGCUAGAACGUAGUGAUGCACGUUAUUGGAGUAUUAUGCAACAAGUCAAUUUGGUACAAUCGCAAUUAGCUGCUCUUACAAACAUUGAACUAGAGAGAAGAAAAUUAGAAAUUAAUCAACAACUUAAUGAAAUAGCUCAAAAAAGAGUAGCUUUGAGUGCUAUUCUAAUGAAUUUAUUAGAACAACAAAAAAAUAGAAGAGAUCAACUUCUAAAAACAAUUAAUAGUAUAGAACAACAACGUUGUAUUACUAAUUCUAGAAGAAAAAGUCAAUUUUGGUUAAUGCAAUAUCAAUCUUUAAUGGAAACACGACCUCAGGGUUUAUUGGAAAUGCUAGAACCAAUGUUAGUGCGACAUGUUGCAAUAGCAGGUGCAUUGCAUUGUUUGCCAUUUCUAGCUUCUUUACCAUCAUUACUUCCAAAUCUUAAUGAUGAACAAUUGAAAACUAUUGGAAUACACUCUGAAAACGAUCGUAUUGCUAUAAGACUUGCAGUUGAAAAUUAUUUAGCAGAAUUAAAACUCAACGAAUCUAUAAUACCCUCUGCACCACCAGAAGAAGCUUGUACAAGUUCCAAUUAUCAAGAAUAUAAUACUAUUCAGAGUAUUAAUACUGCCGAAUGUGUAAUUUGCCUUGAUUUACAAUGUGAAAUAAUUUUUCUACCAUGUGGGCACCUUUGUUGUUGUUCAGGUUGUGCAAAUAUGAUUUCUUCAGAUUGUCCAAUGUGUAGAAGUGUGAUAGAACAUAAAAUUCACAUUUUAAAGCCUUAAAAUAUGAAUAAUGUUUUUUGUAAAUAAUUUCAUUUAGAUCAUUUGUCUUUUAGAAUUUAAUAUUUAAUAUUUCAUUAAUAAUAAUGCAAGUAAUUUAUUAUUUAAGAAUUAUAAUAUAUAUAGUAUAUAUAUCUAUAUACUUCAAAUAUUUCCAUUUACAAGAAAAAUAUUUCAUAAUAUGUAUAGAAUUUACCAAAUGAGAUUAUUUUAAUACCUUUUCCAUUGAGUAAUUGAUUUAAUUAAUAUUUAAUGUUUGAUUUUUUAUAUGAUUAUUAUUGAACAAAAAUUUUAAGAAACAAACAAGUUUUAUUUAUAUAUAUAUAUAUAUAUAUAUAUGUGAAAAUUUUUUAAUUUCAUUAUUUUUUCAAUAUUAGAAUGAUAUUUUAUAGAAAUGAGAUAUAUAAAAAUUACAUUUAAAAUAGAUAAAAAUUAUCUAACUUUUUUAUUAUUAUUUAAUAUAUAAAUAAUAAUAAGAUAUUAAAUAUUUAGAGAAAAAGAAAUAAAAUGAGGAUUGCAUUUAUUAAUUUGACUACAAAUAAUUUUUAUAUAAAAUGGACAUUGAAAUGCAUAUCUGUAAAUAUAAUAAUCUUAUAAGUAAAAUUAUAAUUUUAAUCUAUUAUAAUAGUUAAGAGUUAAUAAUACAAAAGAAAAAAAAAGUAAAAAUUAAAUAAGCUUUUAUAAAUUGUGUUUAUAAAAAAAUUGUUUUUAUAAAAAUUCACUUCUCAAAUAUAGUAUUUUAAAGAUAUUAAUAAUUGAAAUAUUUACAUUUCAUUAAUGUAUAUAUAUUCUUUGAGCAAAUAUUGUUAAAAUAAAAAUUACAAAUAAAAGAUUUAAAAAAAAAAACAAUUUUUUUGAAGAAUAAUGUAAUUUUUAAUGAAGAUUUAAAAUAUUUAAAAUAUUUAAAUUUUUUAUAUUAAUAUAUUUUAUUUAGUUUAUUUUAUAAUAAUAAAUAGAAUGUGACAAAAUUUAUUAGAUUUAUAUAAUAAUUCUGUAAAAUAUGUGUAUAUCUUUUUUUUUAUAUAUUAUAAUUUAUAUACUUAAUACAUAUCAAAAAACCAUAACUUCUCUUCCACCAUCUUCCUCUUCUAUUAUAUCAUCUUCAUCCUUUUUCUGUUGUUUUUUUUUAGAUGUUGCAUCUUUCUUUUCUUUUUGAGCUUUACGAAAAUUUUCUAAUGAUUCUUGAAGUGGAUCAACAAAUUCAUCAAAUUCUAUAUCAUUCAUUGCUUGAAUAACAUCUUGACCACUUAUUGUUUUACGAUUUCCUUUUUUAGCAAUUAUAUUUGCAGAUGAUGUUAAAUAUAAUAUAAAAAUUGAAGAUGCUUUUGCAACUGCAGUUCUAGCAUCUUUAGCAAUUGUAACUCCUUCUGGUAAUGCCUCUUUUAUAAUUCUUGUAACAACUGCAUUUGGUAAAUUAAGAUCUUCCAAUCUUUCUGCCAUCUGACGUUUUUAUUUAUUUAUUCUAUAGAAACACAUUAAUAUCAACCACAAAAUAUAAAAAAAAACGAAUUAUUAAUUAAAAAGUACAUAUAUAUAUUCUAAGGUUAUGAUGUAAUAUGAAUAAAGAAUAUUAAUAAUAGUAAAAAACUAUGCAUUAACUUACUUGGUUCUACAAACGUUAAAACGUUAAAAUUAAUUGAUUUAAUAAAAGUUAUAUUAAAAUAAAGACAACAAAUUUCGAUACAAUAUCUUCUUAUUUCCCGCCAAUGUGUUCACAUAUAUACUAAUAAAUAAAAUAUAAUACAAAUAUAUAUAUAUAUCACAUGAAGAAAAAGCAAUAAAUCACAGAUACAUGAAAUA